UACCAAUAUGAACCCACUACUAAAGAAGAAUCUUCCUCCCUCCCAAAAAAAAAUCUAUUUGUAUGUAGAUUAUAUUAUUAUGAGUAAUAUAGAAAGAAGAAUGCUAGAGUUUUCAAAUGUCAAAUUAAUACAAUGGCAUUAUUUCCAUCAAGAAAUUCAUCAAGGUCUAGGUCUUCUCUUCCAUUCUUGGUUAUCCUCUUAAUUGCUGUUUUUUUUGUAUUGAAGGUAGAUGUUAUGAUAUCACAAUCAUUUAGUUCAGCACGUCGAAAUUUGGAAAAUAUUCCUAAUGGUAUUGUAGUGAACUCAGAUAAAUCACCAGAACAUGAUGAAAGCCCACCAACAGUAAUUGAAAAUGGGACAUUUCACAAACACAUUAUGGUAUCAUGGGGAGAUGAUAGAGGAAAAAUACUUGAAAAAGGAGAACUUUUAACACUCUCUUUAGACAAAAAAUCUGGAUCAGGCUUUCAAUCCAGAAAAGAAUACCAAUUUGCCAAAAUUAAUAUGCAAAUUAAGCUCGUACCUGGAAAUGCAGCUGGCACUGUUACUACAUUUUACUUAUCAUCACAAGGGAACAAGCAUGAUGAAAUAGAUUUUGAAUUCUUGGGGAAUUCAACAGGGAAUCCAUAUACACUUCAUACUAAUGUUUUCAGUUUAGGCAAAGGCAUGAGGGAACAACAAUUCUUUUUGUGGUUUGAUCCAACUGCUGAUUAUCACACAUAUUCAAUCUUGUGGAAUCCUAAAUGUAUUAUAUUCUUUGUUGACGGCAUACCAAUUAGAGAGUACAGAAAUCUAGAGAGAAUGGGUGUUUCAUUUCCACAGUACCAACCAAUGAGGCUAUACUCGAGUCUAUGGAACGCAGAUGACUGGGCUACACAAGGUGGUCGUGUCAAAACUAACUGGAAACUGGCACCCUUUGUUGCUUCCUAUAGAAAUUUCACUUAUGAAGGUUGCAUUUAUUCUAGAUUCACUAGCUCGUCUUCAUGUGAUACGGACCCUCCACCUUCUACUGGCAAUGCCUGGCUAACGUAUGAGUUAGACAAGCGAAGUCGAAUUAGAAUGAAAGCUUUGCAGAAAAAACAUAUGAUUUAUGAUUAUUGCAAGGAUAAAUGGAGGUUUCCUAAAGGUACUGGACCUGAAUGCAAGCUUCUAUAACAAAUAGGAAGAUUAUAAAUUUGUUUAUAUUAUUGUAUAACCUAAAGUUUCACAUAUAUUGUAUUUUGAGAUUAUUUUCCACAUGUUCUUUGUAACCAUAUUUGUUUUGUUGUAGAUUGUUAUCAAUUGGUCCUUUUUUAGAAAUUAAAAGCCAUAAGUUCGCACUAUGGGCUACAACUUAUUUGUAAGUUGUAUUCAUCAAAAAUGAUUUACAAGUCGCACUUAAAAGUUAUUGUAGGUGCAUUUUUAUUUUAUUUUAUUUUAUUUUAUUUUCAACUGUAAUAUUGUAAUCUGUAGUAUAUUUUGAGAGCCAAUUUGUUGUUUCCGUUGACCAUUAUUGUAACACGAACAUUCCAAAAAUAUUGUUGCUAAUUGAGUUUCUUUAUUUCCCAAA